GUUUUUACAGUUUAUAACGAGGACUUCAAAGAUUUAAAAAAGAAAAGAAAAAAAAAAUCAGCGAAACACGAAUCAUGGAGCAACUCAGCGAAGAAGAUCGCCGGGCGCUUCGCGGCAGCAAGUUCGCCCCGCUGCCGGCGCCGGCGCCGGCACCGGCGUCAAGAUCUCAACCCAGGUUGGCACAUCCUGGGGGACCAAUGACUACAAACAAGGCUGCUGCUUUGGCAAAGUUUCUGGAGAGGAAGCUUCAACAGCCAGAUGGACUGAGCUCUAUCAAUCCUGAUCUUCUUGAACUGGCUGUGAAGAAUGCCAAAGAAACUGUGAAGGCUAGCAAUGGUGGUGGAGCGUCAUCAUCUGGAGUAAAAGUUCGGCAUGUUGCUUCAUUUGGUGAUGCACAAGAUCAAGAUUCCGAUGCACAGGAUGUAGAAGUUGAGCAGAAAAAGCAGAAGAAAAAGAAACGAAAAAAGGCGCUGAAGAAUGUGAAAUUGAAGAAAUUCUAGUCAUGAUGAACAAUUUUCUGCUAGCAUAACUCAAGAGGCUUCAAUUGUUUGUUGACUUGAAGAAAGAUGGAUGGAAGGAUUUGGUAUUGAGGGAAAGAAUUGAGUUAAUUAUUCCCAUGGUUUUUUUUUCUUAGGUAUUUUGUGUGCAACCACUUGUUACUUUUUUGAUGUUAGCAAGGUUGCAAAAAAUGGGACUUUAUGAUCAUUACAAGUAUAACUAUUUACUCUGAUUUAGGCAAGAGAAAGGUAUUUGUUGUUAAUUUUCUUUGGACAAAAUGUGUAUUUGUGUUCUUGUGGUAAUGAUGUGAAAUUGUUUCAAAACUUCCAUGUUCUUUGCUUUAAGAUUGCUAUGAAACUUUGGAUCUCUUUGG